AUGUUGACUCUAUAUGGUUGCAACUCCAUUCUGCUGAUUCUUUCGCACCUACUAUCGACGACGGAGGGCGCAAUCGAUCGCAAAUCCAUCGUUCAAAAGUACAACCUCAAGCUUAACCAGUCUCACCCCUACAGCCCGGUCCAGGUGGGAAAUGGGAAUUUUGCAUUUGGCGCCGACAUCACAGGUCUCCAGACCUUCCUCCCACACAACAUACUCUCAUCAUGGGGCUGGCAUAACUCAUCGCUGCCUACUACGCCAAACCAGACACUGCCUGAGGACUAUACUGGGGUGGAUUGGUGGACCCACGAUCGACUUGUGAACUACGAACAGCCGAAUCCGACGCAGAAAGACAUCAGCCAAUGGAUGAUCACGAAUCCGCAUCGAAUCAAUCUUGGGAGAGUUGGCCUGUGGUUCGGCGACCGCAAUGUCACUGAGCAGUCGUUGGGCGAUAAGGCACAAUCGCUGGACCUUUGGUCAGGAGUGAUCUCUUCAUCCUUCACGCUUGAUGGCUCAAAGGUUGAGAUCACAACAGUCGGCAGUUCGGAAACAGACACAAUCGCUGUCAAGAUCUCGUCCGAGCUGUUGGGCGACAAUAAUCUGGGCGUAGUCUUCGACUUUCCGUAUGCGACUGGGAAGAAUAAGUUCGAUGCGCCUUUUGUUGGCCUUUUCAACGCUACCUCGAACCACAGCACCAGCAUCAGAAGCUCAGAGAGCCGAGCAGUCAUAACCCACACGCUAGAUGCAACCACGUAUGUUGCGGACAUCGCCUGGGAGGGUGACGCGACUUUUGCUCGAGUUAGCGAGGGACAGCACAAGUAUGUCCUGAAGCCUGCUGGCCGAAGCGAAGCGCUGUCGUUCACCGUCACGUACCAGCAGAAUCCUGGCGAUAUCACCUGCGCCUCGUUCAAGGACGCCCUAGACAGCUCGACAACAUGGUGGGCCGACUACUGGUCGACUGGCGCCUUUGUCUCUCUCCCUACAGCAGCCAACUCUUCAGCCGACGAGUUACAGCGCCGAGUUAUACUCUCACAGUACCUGCUCGCCGUCAACGGUGCUGGAAAAGACCCCGCUCAAGAGUCUGGCCUUGUGAAUAACGGCUGGUAUGGCAAGUUCCAUCUCGAAAUGGUCUUCUGGCACCUCGCCCACUGGAUGUUCUGGUCGAAGUGGGAUUUGUACAACCGCAGCAUCGGCGUUUAUGACCGCUUCCUCUCAAUCAGCUUCGACCGCGCAGCGAAGCAAGGCUACGAAGGUGCGAGACUGGGCAAAAUGAGCGAUCCCAGCGGCCGUUCUGCACCCGGCGAGAUCAACAGCCUUUUGAUCUGGCAGCAACCACAUCCCAUGUACUUCGCAGAGAUGGAAUAUCGAUCUUUUCCUACUGCUGCCACGUUGCAGAAGUGGGAUCACAUUCUUAGCCCUAUCGCAGACUUCAUGGCUAGCUACGCAUUCUACAACACCAGCACAGGGGUCUACGACCUUGGUCCCCCCAUGUACCCUGUCUCCGAGAAUACGCCGCCGAACGCAACCGUCAACCCGACAUUUGAGCUGGCAUACUGGCGCUUCGGUCUCGCCGUCGCAUCAGCCUGGCAGACUCGGCAGAACAAGACCGUGCCAGAGAAAUGGACACACGUGCACGACAAUCUCGCUCCCUUCCCCAUCGAGAACGAUACCUACGUUACAUACGAAGGCAUUCGGGACAUGUGGACGACUCCGGAGUACACGGAAGAUCACCCCGGCCUCCUCGGGAUCCGAGGCUGGCUCCCUCCUGACUCACGCUUCAACGAGACGGUUUUUAAUAACACCGUCGCGGAGGUGCAUGAAACGUGGAACUUUCCCUUCAGCUAUGGCUGGGACUUUCCAUUGUUGGCAAUUAUCGAGGCGAGGAGUGGCGACGCGGAGAGAGCGGUUGCGCAGCUACUGGAUGUGAACAAUGCUUUCAAUGAGUUGGGUAUGCCUGAGGGUGGGACCAGGGUGCCUACGCCGUAUUUCCCCAGCGCAGCGGGGCUGCUGCUUGCGGUGGGAAUGAUGGCGGGUGGAUGGGAUGGCAGAGAGGGAGAGAUUUGGCCGGAGGGGUGGGAAGUGGACACCGAGGGUUUUGUGAGGGCGAUGUAG